AUGAAGGCUGCCUACACCGCCUAUCGAUGCCUCACCAAAGACCUAGAAGGCUGCGCCAUGAACCCGGAGCUGACAAUGGAAAGUCUGGGCACUUUGCACGGGCCGGCCGGCGGCGGCAGCGGCGGGGGCGGUGGCGGGGGCGGCGGGGGCGGCGGCGGGGGCCCGAGCCAUGAGCAGGAGCUGCUGGCCAGCCCCAGCCCCCACCACGCGGGCCGCGGCGCUGCUGGCUCGCUGCGGGGCCCGCCGCCGCCGCCAACGGCGCACCAGGAGCUGGGCACGGCGGCAGCGGCAGCGGCGGCGGCAUCGCGCUCGGCCAUGGUCACUAGCAUGGCCUCGAUCCUGGACGGCGGCGACUACCGGCCCGAGCUCUCCAUCCCGCUCCAUCACGCCAUGAGCAUGUCUUGCGACUCGUCCCCGCCCGGCAUGGGCAUGAGCAACACCUACACCACGCUGACGCCGCUCCAGCCGCUGCCGCCCAUCUCCACCGUGUCGGACAAGUUCCACCACCCGCACCCGCACCACCACCCGCACCACCACCACCACCACCACCACCAGCGCCUGUCGGGCAACGUCAGCGGCAGCUUCACCCUCAUGCGCGACGAGCGCGGGCUCCCGGCCAUGAACAACCUCUACAGCCCCUACAAGGAGAUGCCCGGCAUGAGCCAGAGCCUGUCCCCGCUGGCCGCCACGCCGCUGGGCAACGGGCUGGGCGGCCUCCACAACGCGCAGCAGAGCCUGCCCAACUACGGGCCGCCGGGCCACGACAAAAUGCUCAGCCCCAACUUCGACGCGCACCACACUGCCAUGCUGACCCGCGGUGAGCAGCACCUGUCCCGCGGCCUGGGCACCCCGCCUGCGGCCAUGAUGUCGCACCUCAACGGCCUGCACCACCCCGGCCAUGCUCAGUCCCACGGGCCGGUGCUGGCGCCCAGCCGCGAGCGGCCACCCUCGUCCUCGUCUGGCUCGCAGGUUGCCACAUCGGGUCAGCUGGAGGAGAUCAACACCAAAGAGGUGGCCCAGCGCAUCACCGCCGAGCUGAAGCGCUACAGCAUCCCACAAGCGAUCUUCGCGCAGAGGGUGCUGUGCCGGUCUCAGGGGACUCUCUCCGACCUGCUCCGGAACCCAAAACCGUGGAGUAAACUCAAAUCUGGCAGGGAGACCUUUCGCAGGAUGUGGAAGUGGCUGCAGGAGCCCGAGUUCCAGCGUAUGUCCGCCUUACGCCUGGCAGCGUGCAAACGCAAAGAGCAAGAACCAAACAAAGACAGGAACAAUUCCCAGAAGAAAUCGCGCCUGGUGUUCACCGACCUCCAACGCCGAACGCUCUUCGCCAUCUUCAAGGAGAACAAACGCCCGUCCAAAGAGAUGCAGAUCACCAUUUCCCAGCAGCUGGGCCUGGAGCUGACGACCGUCAGUAACUUCUUCAUGAACGCCCGGCGCCGCAGCCUGGAGAAGUGGCAGGAUGAUCUGAGCACAGGGGCCUCCUCGUCCACCUCCAGCACUUGUACCAAAGCGUGAUGGAAGGACUCUCGGGCGGGCACAGGUCGCCUCCGGAUGAGGACAACCGACACCAAAAGAGAACGCAAAGGAAAAAGACACCGGAUUCUUAGCUGGGGCCCUUCACUGGUGAUUUGAAAGCACAAUUCUCUCGAAAAGAAACUAUUCUAGCUGUAAUCAUAGGCCAGGUGUUCUUUUUUUUGUUUUCUUUUGUAAUGGCGAUGGAGUCCAAGUGCAAGCUGAAAAUUCAUCUCUUUGAACCGGACAUUGUCCUCCG